CUUUCUUUUAUUGAUCACGUUAUAAGACUAAAUAAUACAGAACUGCAUAGACUGGGUUAGCUAGACUGCAGCCAAAGCCCAGUUCAGCUGUUGUGUCAUAGACUAGUAGCAAAUCAGUAAGGGGGCAUUAACCUGAUGGUACUUGUGUACCCUGUCACAAGCAAUAUCCAGAUUUUGCUAUACGGUAACCGGUAUUCUGGGUUUGAAAGUUCAGUGACCUAGUCAUUUAUUAUUAAUUUUUUGCAUGGAUAUUCUGUGUCUUUCAUCCUGGUGUUCUAGGUGCAGGGGUGGAAAAUGGUCAGUCUUUUCAUCUUGGUAAUUAAUUUGUCAGUUUUUUAAAAAAAUGGUCAGUAAAGUCAGUAUUUGUUUUGGUUUUGUGAAUGCAAUUUGUGAUUAUUUUUGUUUUCGCUACUGCAUUUUGGGGGAAACAUGAUGACUUCCCAGUGAGAAGACAGAUUUUGUCUUGUUCUCCUAAUGAUUAUUUUAUGUAUGAUUUUAAUAUGUUUUGCUGUUUUAUUAUCUGCAGCAUGCAAUUAUUUUAAAAGAGGUAUCUUUUUUGGCCUUAAAUUUUAUACAAUAACAAAAACAUUGUCCUAUCUUCAUUAAAAUAAUUCAAUAAAAAGGUGUGUGAUGGCUGACUAUGGGGAUGUUGGAGGCCAGGCAAUAAUAAUUUUUAAUGAUCCCAAUUUUACUUUUAAAACCCUAAUUUAUCGAUUGGCUGAGAUGGGUAAGUUGUUCAGUUUUAUUGACAAUAUUUAUUUAAAAUUUAUCAGUUUUUGACAGUAUUUGGCCAGUGUUUUGAACUUUUGUUCAGUAAAAUCAGUAAUUUUGACCCUUUGACUAACUUUCCACCUCUGUAGGUGGCAUGCAUGGGGUUGCGAAGGCACUGAUCACAUUCAGCUUCACUUCAUCAGGAUCACUGUGGCAUGUCGGCUGUGCAAGUGAACUUAUUUCUUUCUGGCAGAGUGUCAGCUCAUUUCAAGGGUCUGCUACUGUGCCAACAAGACGAUCUGCAAGAUUGUCAGCUAAACCAGCUCCACCAAAACCUGAGCCUAAGCCAAGGAAAACCACGAAGAAGGAACCUGGAACAAAAACUAACAAAGGUGCUAAGGGGAAGAAGGAUGAAAAGCAAGAAGCUGCAAAGGAAGGUACUACACCAUCUGAAAAUGGUGAAAAUAAAGCUGAAGAGAUUCGCAUCUCUCGCUCCACUGUUAGUGUUUCAACAUCCAGAGGUGCUCCACCCAGCACACUGUCAGUAAAAGGGCAGAUUGAAACAGUGAAAGUUAAGGGCACAGAGAACUGAACGUGUAGAAGACAAGUGCGUGUGAACUGACAUGAACAUUUGAGGAUGAUUUUAUGUAUCUCUUGGACAACUUUUAAAAGAUAUUUUUAUCAAGUAUUUUGUAAAUGCUAAUUUUUUAGGACUUACAAUAAGUUGACAAACUGUAUAUGGACAUUUCCCCUCCCAUAUGCGCGCUUUUAGAAAUUCCCAAUGUUGCCAAGUUUAAAUAAAAUGUAUCAACAUUGGAAAAAGAGUGUUUAUAAGAUUGGGCAACCAUUCCAUAUACUUGCUUUUCAGAAAUGUAAGUCUUGUGCAUAUGGUGAUGUUUUUACUGUGGGUGUUUGGAUUUUUCUUGCAGUUUUUCUAUAGCAAUAAUCUGUGGUGCUUUUGUACUUAAGGUUUAUGCGAUUUUAAUGAAACAUGUAUAGAUAUGGCCAUCUGAUGACCAUGUUGAGUUCUUUGCUAUUGGUUUAAAAUAAAAAAGUUUCCUUGCCAGCAAAUAUUCCAAUGUUUUCUCUAAAUUUGAGAUAUGUCUUAUAAAUACUUCACUCUUGUUAAGCAGAAAAUAAGCACACUUAUUUGCAAGUUGAUUUCAGUGAUUUCAGGAUCAGUGUUUAAGGUCAUGGAAGGCACCCUUACUCUGCAACCUAAAUACACUUACUUUGUAAUAACAUUUAUUGUUUGAAAUCAGUGUACAUAAAUACACUUAUUUCAACGAAGUGUUGAGUGGGCAAAGGCCAAAGUGGUUUGUGCUCAUUAUGCAGCAUUUAUGAUGCAUUCAGACAUAUACAUCUGUUUCAUAAAUGUGGAUUUUGUGAGGCAUCAAGCCAAACACAACCAACAACUGUAUACUGUGGUCUGCCAAGUACUGCAAAAGUCCUACAGCCUCAGAACACAUCAGGCUAAGGCAGUAAGAAAAAAAAAAUAUCGGAAGUUUCAUGAGCCCGAUAGACUAUACAGACUGAUGGGCUGCUUUGGCUUGAUGGGUCAUAAUUUGUGAAAGACCUGAUAUACAAGAACAAAAGAUCCAUGACAUACCAAGUGACUUUUUCUACAUUCUUCUUCACUGUAUCAACUUAAAUUGACUAUAGUCUUGUAACAGCACAACACAAAUUGAUGUAGUCCUUGAUUGAGAGAUGCAGAGGAACAUCCCUCCCAUCUUUUAAACCGCCCCUUUCUCUUUUUGUUUUACCAGAGAUGAUUUCCAUGUAAACAUUUAAGACUACAAAAUCGAAUCCUCUGCUUCAAUUCUUAAUCUAAAUUUGGUAAUUUCUGCUUUUUAAUAAAACGAUUGAUGAAAAAUGUGUCAAAGUUAAAACAACACUGUGUGUGGUACCUUGUAGAGAUAAUGUAGAUUAAGUAUAUUUUAAGAGGUCUGUGGUUGUGCUGGCAGUGUUAAAUUAGAGGGAUAAUUUUAAUACGUAUGUUAACACUGCUUCAGCCCAUUUUAGCACCUAGUGAUUUCCCAUUUGUUUUUCUCAUUUUUGCUUGGGACUUACUUUUUUCUGUUGGGGGGAGGGAGGAUGGAGGGGGAGAAGAUAAAGGAACAUAUUUAUUGUCCUUUGGUAACAUUUAUUUUUUAUUGCUACACUGGUGGCCCUGAUGUUUGGGAUAUAUGCAUGUUUCAGUCAAUAAAUGAAAGUAAUUAUCACCUAA